AUGGACAACAUGAACUCGUUUGUGGAAUACUCAAUUUGUAACCGACCGGGGACCGGCGCUUAUUCUGCGCCUAAAUCUGGAUACCAUGUCCACCACCAUCAUCCGCACCACCACCCCCAUCCUCUGGAGCAGCAUCAGGGGUUCCCGGUCACCGCCGGCUCCUUCCACGCGGGACCGAGCAGCUCUCCAGCUCCCGUCAACGGGACGAGAAGCGACAGCAGCAGUUACAUCGGGGAUGGGCGGCUGUACGGGGCCACUGGGGGUGAAGCAGUGCACGGAACCACAGGGGCGAGUCAGCACCAUCAGCAGCACCAUCACCAUCCUCAUCAUCAUGAGCAGCAACAGCAUCAGCAGACGCACAGCAGCUACCAUCAUCAUCCACACCUCCACCAAACCCAGAGCUUACAAAACGGAACAUUGUCCCCUUAUAAUAACGGGAGCAGCAGCAGCAGCAGCAGCGGGGCCUAUGCGGGUCAGGCGUGCGCCAGAAAUUCGGAUUAUGGUGCUGCGACGGGCCCUCCCAACACCGUUCACUCCCAGUAUUUCAUGGAAGAGCCUGUGGCCUCCACCUACUAUCAUCAAUCACCCUUCCCCAGCUCGGCCCCCACCAUCGGCCCCAGCUACGGGGCCUUGGCCGGGGCCUACUGCGGGCCUCAGGGCGCCUUGGCCGGGUCACAGUACCCGCAGCAGCUCGGCGGGGGUCUGGACGCAGCGGCCUACCUGAGCCUUCCACACGGGGGAGGGUACGGGGAGCUACCGGUGUCCCAGGACCGAGAGAGGGGGGAUGAGGAGGGCCAGCAGGCCGGGCAGGGGCAGACCUUCGACUGGAUGAAGGUUAAGAGGAACCUGCCUAAAACAGUCAAAGUGUCAGACUUCGGCCUCGCAGGCGCACACAACAACGCCAUUCGCACCAACUUCAGCACGCGGCAGCUGACGGAGCUGGAGAAGGAGUUCCACUUCAGCAAGUACCUGACGCGUGCGCGGCGCGUGGAGAUCGCCGCCACGCUCGAGCUCAACGAGACGCAGGUGAAGAUCUGGUUCCAGAACAGACGCAUGAAGCAGAAGAAGCGCGAGAGGGAGGGAGCGUCCGCUACAACGCGCUCUUCCUCCUCCUCCUCCUCCUCCUCCGGUACCGACUUCAACAAGGAGCUGGAGGACACCGACCAUUCCUCCGCGUCCACGUCUCCGGGUGCGUCCCCGAACUCGGAGACGUCGUCAGAGCAAGCGACGUGA